CAUGACGGAGAGCGCUCGCAUAAUGGGUAAGGCUAAAGCGCCAGUGAGUGAGUAAACCCUAAACAAAGCAAAAAAAGACUGCAAAAAUGAUGAUGAGCCUUAUUGCCUCCUCCUCCUCCUUGUAUACUCCUUGGCGCCCCUCCAUUCCAUUUCCUUCGGUAAAAUCGAACCAACAUCUUCGCUAUCCAAUUCACUCCUCCACGUCAUCGUCGUCAAUUUCUGUAACAAAUAUUAAUAAAUUAGGGGGGAUUUAUAGAAAAAAAUUAGGGUUUGUUGUAAAAUCAACUUCAAAUGGUGAUGAAGCAAUAUCAAAAGAUGAAGUAGCCGCUGAGAUGGCAGCGCGUGGGGAAAGUACCAUGCCUGAAAGAUUUAGAUACUUGACCAAAGAAGCCCCUGAUCCUCCCCUUAUCUGGCCUUAUUUUAUUGCAUCGGGUUUCCUCGUGUAUGCUUGGAGAACAGUCUUAUGGGAACUUUAUAACUGGAAACGGGCUGCUACAUCAAUCCUUCAGUUCCUGGGAUACCUUUCAAAACUAGUAUUAGCCCUUAUAUUCCAUUUCAUAGGAGAUCCAAUUACAUACACAAUUAGAGCAAUUGAAACUACUAUUUAUACCCUUCGAGCAUUUUACUCUCAAGUAGUAGCGUACACUCCAAUUCCCGAACUUUCAACAGUCAUCUUGGUGGCAUCAGCGAUACUUGCUAUCAGUGAAGUAGCAUCUCCAAAUUCAGUAGACGACCAAUGGCAUAUGUUAACGGUUUCUGGUCUAACUGGAUAUUUUGCUGUCAAAGGAAUGAUUGGAGACCUUGUCUUUUGGACCCUUCUUUUUGGGUUGUAUUCCUUUUCUCGUUUUAUCAAAAAGAGAGAUUAUGUGUCCUCUGCUUUACCCGUUGCAGCGGUGUUAGCAGGUGUAGGAGAGCCAUGGGUUAGGUUUGUAGUCAUAGGCUCUUUCUUGGCUUUGUCUGUGGUUCAGUACUCCAGGAAUCAGCCAGAAGAAGAGAAAGGUGAAGGUUUUACUACCACAACAACGACAGGGGGGAGAAGGGUUCCAGUUCCUUUACUGUGUGCAGCAUUAGCGAUUGGUGUCCGUGUUGCUGCUAGAUGGGCCGGAUAUCGACAUUUGACAUGGAUGGUGGUCUGAAUGAUAUUCAAGUGGUUUGGAUCAAUUUUGACUGUUAGAAGUAAAUGUUUCGAGUCCAAUGCAGUGAGUGAUCAUGCUGUUAAUUAGAUUAAGAAUGUUGUUGUUCAAUGCAGAAAGCUUUAGUUUUAAACAGUAUUUACUGUGUGUUUUUGGCCCCCAUUUCUUUUUUUGGCACAUGAUGGAAGACAAGUCAAUUGAUUAUUGCAGAGACCAGUCUACUUGGGAA